UAAAGCCCAUUGUAGAAACAUAUUCGAUUUGUUCACUACUUUACCACUAAAAUAAAAUUAUGAACACCUUCUUCUUCCCAUCAUUUUUUUUCUCUCUGCAAAAUCUUCCCAUUUUAUCUGAAAUUUUAAACUCUUUAUACAGAUAAAUCCACUCACAGAGAGACAUAUAUAUGAUGAUAUUGUUUAUGCGACUCAACAUUUCUCACUCUUCUGACUUUCUCUCUCUCUGAAAACUUGUAUGCAGCUGAAUAUCUCUUUACAUAGAUAAUCUCUUGGCCAAGAAAUCGAGACCCUUAUCCAUUUUAUUCAUUAAUUAUUGAAAAGUUUCGAGCUUUUUCACAUGGACGUUCCGAGUUCCGAUGUUGCGAGUUUGGAUUUCCCGUCACCGGGCGGCGGAGGGGGCACCGGAGGACUUCUCCGGUCUCGCGCCAUGCGGUUCCUAGAGUCUCCCGUUGCGUCCCUAAUCGAAUAUUCCGGCGUCAUCCGGUUGCUCCGGCCGGAGUACUCUUACUCCGAGGCUACCCCUCUCGUGCCCGAGAGCACCAGCUCCGGUGCGGAUGUUCUAAACCCUGGGAGUGGAAAUGGCGAUUCCGGCAACGGCGGAGAGGUUUCGAUUCGGAUAAUGGGGGAGGAGGAUGGAGGUGAGGGUGGAGAUGGCGGCGCGGAGAGGGUCGGAUUGGGUGCGGCCGGGUCCACGGUUGGGGCCGGCGAUGUGAACGGGGAUGGGGGAGGUGCUGAUGGUGGCGGUAACAGGGAAGGGUCUUCGCACCAGAGGUAUGAUAUUCAGCAGGCGGCGAGGUGGCUCGAGCAGAUUCUUCCGUUUUCACUGCUGUUGCUGAUUGUUUUUAUCAGGCAACACUUGCGAGGAUUUGUCAUUACCAUUUUCUCUACUAUAGUCUUGUACAAGUCUGAUGACAUUCUCCGGAAACAAACUGCUCUGAAGGGAGAACGAAAGCUUACUGUCCUAGUUGGCUAUUCUUCUUUUUUAAUGCUUCAUAUAUUUGGGAUCUACUGGUGUAACUGGAGGGAUGAUAUUUUCCUUCCAUUGCUUAUGAUUCCUCCGAAGGCUAUCCCACCUUUCUGGCAUGCCAUAUUCAUUAUCCUCGUAAAUGAUAUAAUGGCUCGGCAAACAACCAUGGUCAUCAAGUGUUUUCUGUUAAUGUAUUAUAAGAACGGUAAAGGCCACAAUUUCCGUAGACAGGGUCAAAUGUUAACCCUGGUUGAGUAUACAUUUCUUCUUUAUCGUGCUUUAUUGCCAACCCCUGUAUGGUAUAGAUUCUUCUUGAACAAGGAAUAUGGGAAUCUCUUUUCAUCACUUACGACUGGACUUGACGGGUAUAAGCUCUGUGCUGAUCUUCAGGUUCAAUCUUUAGUUGCCGCAUUUAAGGCAUUAUCUAAGAAGGAAGUUCAUUACGGGUCUCAUGCAACACCUGAGCAGGUAAAUGCAGCUGGUGACCUGUGUGCUAUAUGCCAGGAAAAAAUGCAGAUGCCCAUUUUACUAAGCUGCAAGCAUAUAUUCUGUGAAGACUGUGUUUCCGAAUGGUUCGAGAGAGAGAGAACGUGCCCUCUGUGUAGGGCUUUGGUUAGACCUGCCGAUAUUAAGUCGUUCGGGGAUGGGUCGACUAGUCUUUACUUCCAGUUUUUCUGAUCUUCUCACGGUUAACUUUUCGCUCGAACUGAAUUUAAUAGCAUUUUUUAAGCCAUGCAUUGAGAAAAUCUCUCUAUGGCCAAAAUCUGCAACAUGUUUGCCUAUAUAAAGGUAAUUUAUAAAUAGUGCUGUUCUCAAGCCUUUCACAAAUUUUAGGAUUAGAGUAUAUUUGAGCUCGGUAUAUAUAAAUUUUUCUGUUUUUUUAAGUGAUUUUUUUUUAUGCAUUUGGCUCAAUGUUGCUAGUUCAGGACUAUUGAAUUACAAAAUUUGAUGGAUGAUUUUUUACCUCAAUUCAAGAAUAUACUGGGCCGUAGCAUGUAUAUGAUAUAACAGAAAUAUGCUAUAUAAAAGUAUAGUUAUUUAUA